AUGUACACACAGACACAUGUACGUACAUACAUGCACACACACAGACACAUGUACACACACACAGACACAUACACACACACAUACAUGUACAUGCAUAUACAGACACAUGUACAGAUACACACAUGUACAACACACAGACACGCACACACACCUAUAAAAAGUUGCAGUACUUCGUUGUUCACUCACAGAGCCGGUUACUGCACUCUAGGGGGAGGCAGAGAGCACAGCACACACUCCUUCCUUUGCUUUCACUGCGCUCAGCAAUUGAGCAGUCUGACGGCUCCCAGUGCCCAUGACAGAUCCAGCCUGAGCUCCGAGCCUGCUCAGCAAGAUGGCCUUGGGGGGCACACUCUCCCCCACCAUAAUUUCCACUCACCAUUGGCGAGCAGGCGAGUGGAAAUUUCAAGGCCUGCCCUA